CGACAAUCAAAGUCCUGAUAUUUGUUUUUUUUGUGUGUGCGUUUUGUCUACCACUGUCUGGUGUGUUUCUGUGUUUCCUUUCUCCUCUCAUUAGCCACUAUUAUUUUCACUAAAAAUUUUUCUUGGUGACUUUCAAACAAGGUGGUCGUCACGAAUCAGCACCGUUGAAUUUAACGAAUUUUUUUUUUUGGCCCCCAAAAAUACUAAACCAAAAUUUGUGCCAUUAUCAUUAUCAAUCAUCUAUCAUUUCCCUAACAUUUUCUACCUAAAAAAAAAUGAAUUCAAUUCGACAAUAUUAUUGGUUCCUAAUUGUAACCAUAUUUUUGGUUACAAUAAUAACAUUAUUAUCUGAUAAUACUGUUAAUGCAAUACAAUGUUGGCAAUGUAAUUCAAUGACUGAUAAAUUCUGUGAAGAUGUACCUACCGAUGUUAAUAAUUUACAUGAUUGUUAUAAAAAAAUGUAUCGUGAAUGUAUUGAUGAAAAUGAUAAAUUAAAUUAUACAUUUUGUCGUAAACAAGUACAAACAAUUGAUGAAGAAACACGUAUUAUACGUUCAUGUGGUUUUAUACGUUCACCGGUUGAUUGUUAUUGGACAAAAAGUCCACCAACAAGUACAUUAGUUUGUCAAUGUGAUGGUGAUGGUUGUAAUCAUGCCUUUACUAUUAAUACUGGAUAUUCAUUAUUCAUAUUACCAUGCAUAUUUGCUAUGGUUAGAUUCUUCUUUGUACCGAAUUUAUUUCAUAUCAUUCAUUGAUGAAAACUAACCGAAACUAAAAAAAAUGGAAUACAAUCAAUCAAGUCACAAUUC